UAGUUCCUCACGGAGUCCACCGGAGGGAAGUAAAGCUUAAGCGCUUUAGCAGAUCCCUGCAAGCUGGUGCUGGCUCGGUACCAUACGAACUCGUUCAGUUCUUGUAGUGUGAGUGAGUUUCCUUCAUAAUACUGUUGCCUCAGGCGUGGCCCUCACCUUUCCCUGUUCCCCGUGAGCCCUAUUACAUCACUGUACGAGGUGGAGCCUGGAGGUUCUGCCGUGUGCUUGGGGACAGAAUAGGGUGGAGCCCCAGCAGUAGAGGGGGGCCAUGGGUGGAGGCCUGGUGUGAGAAGGGAAAUCUGUGACUGGGUGCUUUCACAGGGAGCAGAGACAUUUGACUCAGGGUACAUAUGCUUGAGCUGUGAGAGGCCCCACUCCCCUUGGCUGGCUGGCUGGCAUCCCAGAGCAGAGGCAGAGAGCGACAGAAAGUUGAAUGCGAGAGACUAAGGGUGAAGAGAAUUUAAACUGUAAAGCAAACUACAAAGAGAGAAAUAAGUGGUUAAGAAAGUUGUCUGAACGGAAGGAAAGAGCAUAGGGGACUAAGUUGAGUGCAGCGUGGCUCCUCUAGAUUAUUUUUCACUUGGGUAUUUUUAUCUGUAGUGAGCGUGCGAGCAGUUUGUAUUUGGAGUUGAGCACUAUGGCGGAUACAGGUGUCAAGAAGCAGCACGGAUCCCUUGCAGAAGUGUCUUAUGAUGAUGAAGAAGUCGCUCUGGUGGGUGCUGCCACAGAGCCAGCAGUAGAUGAUGAUGAUCCCGCUGAGGCCACGGACCCAAUGCUGACCACUGGCUCUGGUGGGAAAAGUGAAGCUCAGAUGAACGGGGUCAUGAUUCUGUCUCUGCUUGAUAAGAUAAUUGGGGUGGUAGACCAGAUCCAGCAGACCCAGAAUGGGCUGGAGUCCCGGCAAGAAGCCAUGGAGAAGUCAGUGUCAACCAUCCAAGGGGAGCUGGCUAAGUUGUCCAAGAACCACAUCGACACCGCCAACACUGUCAACAAAAUGCUGGAGAAGGUGCGCAAGGUCAGCGUCAACGUCAAGACAGUACGCAGCAACCUGGAGAAGCAGGCGGGCCAGAUCAAGAAGCUGGAGAGCAACGAGUCUGAGCUGCUCAAGAGACGCAACUUCAAAGUCCUCAUCUACCAGGAUCAAGUGAAGGCACCAAAAGCGUCCAAACCCAAGACAGCAGAGGCAGGAGAAAAUAAAACAGUGGAGGGCCUUGAGCAAAUCCCUGAGGAGGGACAAGAGGGAAUCUCCAAUCUUAAUUCAGAUGAUGAUGUGAUAAUUGAAGAGGUGCACAUAGAGACGCGUACAAAACGCCUCCAACGCACCACAAAAGAGCAAGUUGAUAACAUAAAGAAAGCCUUCUCCAAGGAGAAAAUGGAGAAGACCAAACUAAAAACCAAGGAAAACCUGGAGAAGACAAGACAGAGAACCCGCGAUAACCUGGAGAAAACCAAGCACAGUCUUGAGAAGAAGAUUGGCAAGCUCGGGACCCGCAUGACCCCCAACCAGGAGCGCAGGGCAAAAAUAAAGAGCUCCAAAGAGAAAGUGAAGAAGUCCCUCACCCCUGACCACAAGAUCUAUGCUCGUUCCAAAACCUCCGUGUACCGCGUUCCCCCCUUUACCUUCCAUGUUAAGAAGAUCCGGGAAGGGGAGGAAGAGGUGGUGCAGAACACAGAGAUGCUGGAAGUGACCGAGGCCGAGGUUCAGCCAGGAGGAGAAGAGAACGGGAUGGGUGUGCACGUUGAGGUGGAGGAAGGGGAGCUGGUCAGUGUAGACAGCCCCGAGAUGGAGACUUUGUUGGAGGUGACUGAAGACUCUGAGCUGGUCAGGGUGGAGAAAGCCCGAAGUGAAUAGAGUCUCAUAGCUGCAUAGGGCUGUGAAAGAAAUGAUAUAAGGAUGGAGAAGGAAACAAAAUAUUGGUGAAUGAAUAUAAUCACAUGGACACAGUAGGGACUUUAUAGAUGAUUACAAUCUCUGACAUCUUAUUUGUUUUCUGUUCACUUUGUAUUGUUCCCAACAGGGAUGACUUUCAUAAUUGUUCAUAUUUAGCAUACAAAUAGUAAAAAUAAGACAAAAACAAAGCUAACUUUUGAAAUAUGUUACAGGCUAACUGGAUAGGCUGCACUUAAACAUUAGAGUAUUUGCUGUUUGAUGUUGGUUUGAUUAAUUGUGUGACUACAAGAUAAAAAAAAAUUAUAAAUACUCUUUGCUAUUAACAGACCAUAUUCAGUAAUUUCCAUGUGUGGCAUGCACAUUAAUACAUAUGGCAAAAGGAAGUUGUUGGCAAGGUUUAUUUUAUAAUGGACGGUUUAAGAAAUGUGAAUGUGCAUAAGAAAUAACAUUUUUUUUUAAAUAGUAGCCGGAAUUUAUGCCUACAGAAAAAUAAAAAUGGAGGAUACAGGUGAAGAAAAGAUGUGCUGGACUGGACUUGAAUUAAGGGGUUUUACUAAACUGCACUCCUGAUAUGUAAAAUCAUUGGAGCAUAAGGUUACUCAAACAUUGUACCAAAUGUUCCUGUGUAAUGUCUCUCAGUGUUAAGCACUUAAGUGUAAAUGUCUGAAAAUAGAUGUGUAAUUUCAAAUAAUAUAUACUGGGAACCAUGAACCUGUGACAGAUUCAACUAUCAGAAUGUUUAAAUUUCAUUUUUUCAUUUCAAACCUUUAUUUAACCAGGAAGAAAAAAAACACAUUGAGAUUAAAAUCUCUUUUUCAAGUGUGUCCUGGGUAUGACAAAUAUUCACAGAAAACAGUCAUAUCGGUCAAAAGGAUGAAUAAAUAAGAAAUCUAAAAAAUGUCAUUAAAUGCAUAACACCACGCUGAAAAGUAAAAUAUGCUGUUAUGUAUGUGGGGUAGUAUUGUGUCACAGAGUGGAAAGUAACUUUUGCAUGGUUAUUUUGAGUCCUUAACUGAUCACUUGUUAAAGUUUUCAGCUGCAGUUUAUUGAAAAAUUAAUAAAUUAAUGAAAAAGUUAGUAACAAGAUUUAGAAUGUAACUUUGGCUACAGUGAAAAGAGGGUUUAAUUGUUAUUUACCCUAAUGUUUUGAUGUGUAUACACCUUUCUGUUGCAUCUGGACGUAUUCUCACCAAGCCGCACAUAUUAAACUCCUGCACAAACGGGAGUAAUAAAAAAGAUUGUAUCACCAUGGUGACAGCUCAUCACAGCACAUUUUCACAUCCCUAUUAAAAACUUCUCAAAUUACAGGCUGAAAAAAAAGAAAGAUGGCCUAAAGAGACGUGGGAUGACAGUUUAAUGACUGCUGUAUGUAAUACUGAGAAGCCUAACUGUUUAAGGAACAUCCAAAGCAAAAAAUAAUAAAAAAAAUCUGGUCAUAAAUCAUACAGUCAGGUUGGCAUAAGAUGGAAAAAACAAUCAAACAGUAAUGAAUGUAAACUAGUAUGGCAAUGCUCAGUCUUCUGAUCUUGUAGGGCUGAAUGUGUCGAUCUCCAGGCGAAAACAAGAUGAAUGUUUGUCUUCCAUUUUCCCUCCCUGGAGACUUGAAUGACCUUGAUGUGGUACAGGCACACAGAGGCCUGCUGUGCAGCAUGGCCCACCAUUAAAAUAAUCAAUGGGCAGGGAAAUACAAUUAAGGAGAGUGCUCGGUCAGAGCACUGCACAAAAUAGAGAACAUUGAGAAAGACAGAGCAAAGGGUGAGUGUGUGUGUGUGUGUGUGUGUGUGUGUCUGAGAGAAAGAGAGAGAGAUGAAGAGUAAUAAAUGAAGCAUAUGUGCACACCAUAUACCCAAACAUGAAGCUGAAAUCACACAAAAUAAUACAGGAAUCAAGCUCCAGGCCUGUAAAAUCACAUGAGCUUGUUAAUUUUAUAGCAUUAAUAUUUUGUUUAUUUAAUUUUUUGGCAAAGACAAUCUGUACUCUCUCCAUAAUACUUACUGGUUCCUUUAGAUGAAAUGUGUGUUUUUGUCACCAUGUUUAUUCUGCCUUGUUUUAAGAUGCUGGUUAUUUAGAAAAUGAGCAACUUGCAAACACUGCUGCAACCCAAUGUAACUGAUUUAUAUUCAAAUAAUCACGCUUGGCUGAUUUUGUUGUGUUUAAGGCCUAUUAGCCUAACAAAUUCAGUAU